AUGUCCCAAACCAGCUCAAACCCAGCUGCUACUGCAGCCGCUACCACCACUUCCUCAUCAAUCGACAACCCUAGAUUUCCUAUCGUGGCCUUAGAUGCCGAGGGUAAGAAUUAUCGAAUAUGGGCAUCGAGAAUGGAAUCCGUCCUCAAAGUCGGGCAUAUGUGGAACGUAGUCAAAGCUAGGGGGGUUCUCAGGACGUUUGAUGAGGGCCUAGAGGCUCUUAUUGUAUGGGAACAUCCUAGGACGUCCUGA